AUGGGAAAUUGGAACUACUGUCAACAACCUCAUCAAUAUCCAUAUACAAAGGGUUUCAAUUAUGGUACAGGGGGGCUUGCAAUGACACAACAACAAUCAAGUAGCAGUGGCAGCAACAACACCACUAAUGAUCAAUGCACUUUCAAUAACUACUACCAGGAAUAUCAAUAUGGAGAAAUAGGCCAACCAAUUCAUAGUGAUGAUCAAAGUGAUAACUAUGGCGGUUGGGGUAGUAGUGAUGGUGGCGGCAGUGACGAUGGUGGUGAUGGUGGUGGAUCAGGUGGGAACGAUGCCGAUGCUGGGAGUUCUGGCUGGAGAGGCACCAAGAAAAGUUAUGCCCCACAACAAUCUGGUGGCAGUGGCAGUGGCGGUUGGUCUGGAAGUAGUAGUAAAGGUGGCGGUGAAGGCUGGUGA